UUUCUUAUUUUACUACCAGCAUCAUCUAUUACCAUAACAGACAUGGCCAACGAUGUGUCCAAAAAUACAUCACCUAAAUCUGAAGAUACUACUUUGGAGGACAUAUACUUAUGGAGGAGGAAGAAACUAGCCUUCUCUGUACUUCUUGUCUCAACAGCGACAUGGGUUUUGAUCAAUAUUUAUGGUUUCAGUUCUAUAACCAUUGUUUCUUGGGCAGCCAUGGCCAUUGUCUCUAUGGUCUUUCUUUGGGGCAGUUUACUUCGCCUCAGCAAGGUUGAACCGGACUUGUCAGGGUUAGAAGUGUCAGACGAGUUUGUAGCAGAGACGGCGAGGUCGUGUCGAAAGCUAAUGGAAGAAAUUGUUAGAUGGAUGUUCACGGUCGGUGUUGAGAGUGAAUGGUUUGUUUUCGCUAAAACCAUUUUGGGGGUCUGGAUCUUGUCAAGAAUAGGAAACCUUCUCGAUUUCCAUACUUUUCUCUUCAUCGUGCAUGUUUGUGACAAACAAAACAAAAGGUCGAACUUGAUCAAACAUGAUGGUUUAGUGAUCGGCUUAACGCUUCCGAAGUUGUGGGAGAAGCAUGGAGAUCGACUACAAAAGCUAUCGAGGAAUCUUAAAGAUAGAUCAAAUGAAGCGUAUAAUAACAGUCGUGAGAAGAUUUUGAAAAUGAAGAAAAAGUUACAGCAUGGUACAGAGGAGAAAGUUAAAAAAGCAGAGUAAAUGGUACCUGGUGUUUUGUUUUGUACAAAAAUGUUACCUGUCUUGUAAAGCAAA